AUCAACUAGUACUACUAUAUUUUUUUCUUAAACACAUUGAGUUUCCUUGACCUAAGAUACUAGGUAGAGAUAUCUAUACAUGGAAGGUGAACACACGACCUCCGCGCCUUCCACACCUGUGACGCCUAGAACGCUAGGCGUCCCUCUCUUCGGAGGGUUCAGAAAUGGGAACGGGAGACGAUCGUCUCUACUUAGGAAUGGUUGCAAAUGCUUCAAUGUUGAAUCUUUGUCAUUGGAGGAGGGGCCCUUGGCCCCUCUCUCUUGCUCAUUGCCUUCACCUCCCAUCACUCUUGCUAGAAAGGUGGGAGCGGAGUUUAUAGGCACACUGAUAAUAAUAUUUGCCGGAGCGGCGGCACCAAUAGUGAACCAAAGGACUAAAGGGGCGGAGACGCUCCUUGGGUUGGCGGCAUCAUCGGGGCUGGCCGUGAUGAUAGUGAUACUCUCCACAGGACACAUCUCCGGCGCCCAUCUGAAUCCCUCCAUGACUGUCGCCUUCGCCGCUCUCCGCCACUUCCCGUGGAAACAUGUGCCGGUAUACAUAGGUGCACAAGUGAGUGCAUCAAUAUGUGCUUCAUUUAUGCUAAAGGCCAUUUUUGAGCCAAUAAUGGGAGGUGGUGUUACUGUUCCUAGUCCUGGAGUGGAAUAUGCUCAGGCAUUUGCAUUGGAGUUCAUCAUCACCUUCAACCUUAUGUUUGUUGUCACUGCACUCGCCACUGAUACAAGAGCUGUGGGCGAGCUUGCGGGGAUUGCGGUUGGAGCGACUGUCAUGCUCAAUAUACUCAUAGCCGGCGAAAGUACUGGAGCAUCAAUGAAUCCGGUGAGAACUUUAGGGCCAGCGAUUGCUUCAAACAACUAUAGAGCCAUAUGGGUGUACCUUACUGCACCAAUUUUAGGAGCUCUUGCCGGCGCUGGUGUUUACUCUGCUGUUAAGCUUCCCGAUGAAGGCGAUAAAGCACAUGACAAGCCUUUGGGAGAACAUAGUUUAAGGAAAUGAAUUCGGAUGACCUGUUAAUGAGGCAGACAAGACUACACACACACUGACACACACGCAUAUAUAUUCAUAUAAGUUACAUGUAACAAGCUGGUGAAUGUGGGCUCUCUCUACUUACCAAUAUAUAGAUCGAGCAAUAUAUUUGAAUGCUACUUGGCUUAGAAAA